CUUCCCUCUCGCGAAUUCAAAGUUUCAAACAGCAAAGUCUCCUUGAUGGUAUCAACAAAGAAGCUUCAAUGCAGACACAGGACUAAUAUAUAGCAGCAAAAUUGAAGGUUAAAUUGGACUCAAUUCACGCUCCAAGUCGAUGAACUCUUGAAUGUAAUGAUCUUCCUCCCUGCCGCUGCUGCUGCUGCCUAAUGGACGACGUUGAUCGCUUAUUUGAAUGCUUCAAAUGCGGCAUUUCUCCCCCUCAUUCAGCAAUAAGAGAAAGGAAAAAGGGAAAGCAGACUGUGAAGCAAAAUGAUACAUUGGAAAAGCUAUCAACAUCUUCAGAUAUUUUUUCAUCAAGAUCAAAGGGAAAGUUCCAAAAUGCAACAGAUGUUGAACUCUGCCUACAAAAUACCACUUCAUCAACAACAAAGAUACAAAGUCUUAAGAAAGCAUCACAGUUCUCUCCCCUUGUGUUUUAUGGUUCUCCACAUGGAGUUCCUCCAAAAAGACCAGCUCGUUUGUUGCGGCUGUUGAAUGAAAUCCGUGUAGAUUUUGACGAGCAACAUAAAUUAAGCCAAGAUAUAUGGGCCACAUUUCCAAGGCAAGAUGAAGCGAUGAAGUAUGCAAAAGAGAAAACUGAUGCUCGUGUUUUCAGUUACCAGGAUCAUGUGAAUGGUCAAAGAAGAUUCCUCGUGUCCACAUAUAAAGAGUUCUGGAGAAGGUACAAAACUAUGAAUCCUAAAUUUCGGCACCACUAUGAAGUUAUCCAGGAGGGACUGCCAUGCCAUCUCUACUUUGAUCUGGAGUUCAACAAGAGAGAGAAUCCGGAUAAAAAUGAAGAUGAAAUGGUUGACCUUCUCAUACAGGUCAUCUUUGAUGCAGUCAAGGAAAAGUACAGUCUUGAAGGAAACGAUGAUUGGGUUGUGGAGCUCGAUUCCUCCAAUGCAGAAAAAUUUUCUCGUCAUUUAAUAAUCCGAUUUCCAAAAGCUGCUUUCAAGGACAACUCACAUGCAGGUGCAUUUGUUACAGAGAUAUGUUCAAGGAUCAUUAGCAUAAGUGAACAUGAUGGAAGAUUAAGAAAGCUUUUCGUCUCAAAGGAUUCAAGCUCAACUGAUAUUCCAUUUCAGCUGUUUGUGGAUAAAGCUGUCUACUCUAGAAAUCGCUGCUUUCGCCUAGCCUUGUCAUCUAAAGCAGGGAAGAGUUCUGUGCUUCUUCCAAGUGGACGUUUUAAAUGUAAGGACAUGUCCGAGGAAGAAGUCUUUAUGGCUUCCUUGAUUUGCAAUAUGGAUGCUGAUUUUGAGAAGCUACUGAUCUGCAAAAUGGAUCUAGAUUGUAUGAAGGCCCUUCAAUUUGAUACAGAGAUUACCAGGAGUUUCCAACGGCAUUCUGCUGUUUCAUUGAAUUUUGACCUAAAUGCUUGUAGAAGUGAUGAUCCUUCAAAAACUUAUUCGACGGGAAAAUCACCGUUCCCAUAUCUGGAUGUGUUUGUAGAGUCUGUUGCUUCAAUUGGAAAUAUACCAGGAAAAAUCCGAAGUUGGUAUUGGUUUUCUGAGUAUGCAUUGAUGGUUUACAGCAUGUCUAGGAAUAGAUUCUGUGAAAGAAUUGGCAGACAACAUAAAAGCAAUCAUGUUAUGUACGUAGUUGAUCUGCAAAGGGGUGCUUAUUAUCAGAAGUGCUAUGAUCCUGAUUGCAGAGGCUAUCGAUCUCCCUUACGACCUGUCCCUGACAAUGUUAUACCUCAUUCAUCCAUUUCCUUCAAUCUUCCUGGAAAUAAUAUGGACGAGGAGCAGCCAACUGUAACCAGUGACACAAGUAUUUUCAGCAGCUGCAAGAAAGAAUGGUGGCUUGAAGCUGUAAGAGUUGCAGACAGCAUUGAGAACGUACAGAAAGCAUUGGAUCUUACUGAGCAGGACGAAACAUGUGAAGAAGAUGAGUGGUGGAUGGCUGUCGAAGAGACUGCAUACCAGAUCGAGCUAUCGUAUUUUGGAAAAGCCUAGCCAUUUCAGCCCUGGCAAAAUGCUCAACUUGUAAAACUAGCCAGGUCCAACUAGUUGGUGCAAACCAGUGCAUGGUGGAAUGCUACAUUCCAAUUUCCAAGUCUAUUUAGCUAUGUUCAUGGUUUGGGUAAAAAUCGAUACAAAUCGACUAAAUAAAUCAAAUUUAUUUUGGUUUAAUUUUGGCGUAGUUGAAUUUUUUUUUGAAGAAAUGAAAGGGAAAGGAGACGUUUGAUGAAUAAAAUUGGGCCUAGCUACAGUUAGGUGAUGUAAGAUGGAUUUGUAAGUAUGCUGUUGGAUAUUUUGGUGUCUAGCUAAUUAAACAGUAGAUGCACGUGAAAGCUUAUUAGUUAAA